UAGCGGCCGCCGCUCGCUGCUUGCCGGUGUGGACCCGGCGCCCGGACACUUGUCCUCCCCACCUCUAGAGGCCAUCGUCCCAGCCUCCCAACCGGCCCCGCCCGCAUCUGUGUCCGGUUGCUGGCCCCACUGAGCUCCCAGCGGGCCUAGCACGGUGGCCCGCGGACCGUACCUUGUCACCCAGACUUGAGUGCGGGGCCCAGCACGGCGGAGACAGUUCUGACUUUCAGUACGGGGGCAAGCGCUUACCAGUCAGCUGUACCCCUAGCCCUGAAUAAUUUCUGGCGUGGAGUCUGCUCUUUUGCCUGGUCUCUUUUAAGCCUGUGAGGUCAGUACUUUAUAUGUACAUAUUUUAAAAAGAAACGAAUCCACCGGAGAGGUUUGGUUACUUGCCGCAGGAGGGAAUGGUCAAGUCAGACCUCAGAUCAUGGAGAUACUAGCAGCUCGCGGGAGACCCCAGACCGUGAAACUGGGUACCGGCCAACACCUCUACCCAUAAGAAGAGACCCUCCGCUCUCUGCUGCUCAGAGAAGUCCAUUCCCUGGGUCAGAGCCCUCUCCCGAGGCCUCUACGCACGCGCGGGACCGCCUAUCCCCGCCUCCGGGCGCCGCUCCAGUGAGCGUAAUGGCGUCAUCAGAGGCUCGCUGAAGGAGACGCACUUCCGGGGCGUGGCCAGAUGGAAAGAUGGCGGCGCCCAUGGAGGUAGCUGUGUGUACGGAUUCGACGGCGCAGCUGUGGACCUGCGUCGUGUGGGAACUGCAUUCGGGUGCCAACUUGCUCACCUACCGCGGCGGCCAAGCUGGGCCUCGCGGCCUGGCGCUGCUCAAUGGCGAGUACCUGCUGGCGGCGCAGCUGGGCAAGAACUACAUCAGUGUCUGGGAGCUGCAGCGGAAGGACCAGCUCCAGCAAAAGAUUAUGUGCCCUGGGCCUGUCACCUGUGUGACCACGGCACCCAACGGCCUGUACGUCCUGGCGGGAAUUGCAGAAAACAUAUACCUGUGGGAGGUCUCCACUGGAAACCUCCUGGUCAUCCUGAGCCGCCACUACCAGGAUGUCUCCUGCCUGAAGUUCACGGGCGACAGCAGCCACUUUGUCUCGGGGAGCAAGGACUGCCUGGUGCUGGCCUGGAGCCUCUGCAGCGUGCUGCAGGUGGACCCCUCCAGGAUCCCGGCCCCCAGGCAUGUGUGGUCCCACCACACGCUCCCUGUCACGGAUGUGCACUGCGGCUUCGGGGGUCCUCUGGCCCGGGUGGCCACAGCCUCAGUGGACCAGACAGUGAAGCUGUGGGAGCUCUCCUCAGGCGAGCUGCUGCUCUCUGUCCUGUUUGAUGUGGGCGUCAUGGCUGUGACCAUGGACCUGGCCGAGCACCACAUGUUCUGCGGGGGCAGCGACGGCUCUGUCUUCCAGGUUGACCUCUGCACCCGGCCUGCGCAGAGGGAGCGGAGCUUCCAGCCCGAGCAGGACCCUGGCAAGGUCUUCAGAGGCCACAGGAACCAGGUGACCUGCCUGUCGGUGUCCUCGGACGGCAGCGUGCUGCUCUCCGGCUCCCAUGACGAGACCGUGCGCCUGUGGGACGUGCAGAGCAAGCAGUGCAUCCGGACAGUGACCCUCAAAGGCCCCGUGACCAAUGCGGCCAUCGUGCUGGCGCCUGUCAGCAUGCUGAGCUCCGACUUCAGGCCCAGCCUGCCGCUGCCCCACUUCAACAAGCACCUGCUGGGGGCCGAGCACGGGGACGAGCCGCGCCGGGGCGGCCUCACACUGCGCCUGGGCCUCCACCAGCAGGGCUCAGAGCCCAGCUACCUGGCGCGGCUGGAGCAGAUGCAGGCUGUGAUGUGCAGCACGCUGGAGAAGCCAGGACCAGCUGCGGGUGCGGGUGAGCGAGCUGGAGGACGAGGUGCGGAACCUGCGCAAGAUCAACCGCGACCUCUUCGACUUCUCCACGCACAUCAUCACCAGGCCGGCCAAGUGAGGGCACAGCCGCCUGGACCUGGGAGGAGCCCCCACCUGCCCAGCACAGCCCAGGAGAGCCUCUCCGGCCUGUGGGCUGGGGUCAGGGCUCCCCAGUUUUGCCAGUUCUGUGUUUUUAGACUUUAUUUUCUAUGUUUGGGCUCUUUUGGCCCAGCGGUAUGUGUUCAUCUGUCCACGUGGUGCUUUUCAUUUUUUAACAAAAGAUGGUCUAGAAAGGUCUCCUCUUGCCUGCCAGUGUUGGGGACCCCAUCCAAAGUUGCCCUCACGGGACAGGUGCCAAGAAUGUGGCUCUGGCCUCCCCACUGGCCAGAGGGGAGGGACCUGGGGGGUCCCCAAUGACUUUCCAAGGGCCCCGGCCUGAGUUCAGACAAGGAGGGGCAGGGCCCGGCCCACAGAGGAGAGGGAACGGGGGACACUGGGAGCCAGGCCAGCAGGCCUCUGACCACCCUGGGGUGUGGCUGGUGCCCUGCAGCAGAGACUUCCCAGGGCCAGGUCCCCUCAAUGAUACUGGGGGGAUGUCACCCAAAGGGCACCACGAGACAGGAGUGACAGCCUGGAUCGGGGCUGCGGGCACUGGGGGUGUCCCCCAGACAAGGUCCCUGUGAAGGACACAUGUGCCCUCUUGGCGGCACAGGCCUAAGGGAGGCUGGGUCCCUGAUGUCCCAGGGACACUGCCAGCUAGAGCUGGAGCACAGCCCAGACACCCUCGGAACCUUCCAGGACACCUCCCCAGCCGCCAGCCCUGGUUAAUGGCCCGGGAGCGCCAUGUGAUUUAGUGGUGCUGUCAUCUCUGCAGCAUGAACAGAGCCAGCCCUGAGUUCACAUUUCUGGGCAGUGGCACCUCCAUCUCUGCCUGUCCCCUCUCUAGGCUUUGUGUACCCCCUGGCCCCCGUGAGCCCUGGAGCCUGGUGCACAGUGGGGGUCUUGGUGGGGUCUUUCUGGCACACUGGGGUCUGCCCAAGGUGAGGGGCAGUACCCUCUCAGAGGCCUGCCUCAGUUUCCCCACCUGCGAGCUGAGCCUAGUCCUCAUCUGAAGCUGUAAAAUACAGGUUCCGUCAGGUGGGUUCCCUUAGCUGCCCAGGCACUGGCCCUGCUGCCUGGAGCGAGCGGUGAUUCCCUGGGGUCCAUGUCCUUCCUUGUCCCCCAAAGGUCCCCACAGCCAAAGGCACCAGCCGCCAGCCUGGGCCUGAAGUCCCUCUCAAAGCUCCCACCCCAUGGUGGCUGCAGCAGGGCCGCCAGCCCAGCAGGAUACCAGACACCAAGAGCACUUGGGGACAGUUGGCAUUGACAUGCAGACAGCUCCACAGCACACCCCCGCCCUGCCAUGCUGGUCACUGCGCUGAGGUCAGCAGGAGAGUUCCCGCAUCGGAAGCCAGCCGGAGGCCCUCAGGAAUCCAGGGGCGGCCCAACAAGAAAGGACAGUUAGAAGCCAGAGUGGGGGGAGGGUUGCCCUGUGAGCUACACAGGGAGACCUUGGGUUUAUCCUGUGUCGUAACUAGAUGCUGGGUGAGAACCAGGGGACAAUGAGUCAGUCCUGGAGACACCAGGGAGGGCAGCCAGGUGAAGGCAGUGUCCGGGAUGGCCACUGUCCCCAGGACGCUGGUCCUCAUGCCCCAAGGUGGCUGUUUUCUGAAAGGUGGAAAAUUACAGGCAUUGGUGAAGAUAUGGAAAAAGCAGAAUCCUUCAGUACUGCUAGGGGGAACAUGAAAUGGGGCAACCAGUACCAACGGGGGUCCUGCAGUUCCCCAAACUAAACAGCUUGGCCCAGUGGGUCAUACCUGUCACCCUAGCACUCUGGGAGGCUGAGGCCAGAGGAUCACAAUUUAGACCCUGGUUGGGCAUCUUAGCCAUUUAGCAAGAACUUUUUUCAGAAUUUUUAAUUAAAAAAAAAACAAAAACUGGGGACCAGGGAUUUA